UUGUAACCGACCACGUUUGAUUUGCCUCUUCAGUUAAGUGCUAAUAGGAAAAAAAAUCUUUUCGGUCAGUGAUCGCGAUAUAGUGUCUAUUAAAAAUCUACCAUCUAUUUACACCAUGCUGGAUAACGAUGAAUUCGAAGCUGAGUAUCGCCUUUUGAUGUCGCCUGGCAAUUCUGCAGCGGCCCCAGGCAAGGAAAAAACUAAACGGCCUGCUGAGUCUCCAGCCUCUAGUGAGGGGAAAAAAACUCGAGUGGAAAACUUAGAUUUGAAACUGGCUUUUAAACGGAAAAAUUCGGACGUUGAUCAACAAUAUUUUGAAUCGGUUUGUUUGGCACUGUCCGAUAUCCAGAGUGGCCUACCGAAUGACGUCCCAUUUCCAAGGUUCUUUGGCUCUGGAUACAAAAUGGGCAUUGGUUGGUUCUACGCACGAGACGAAGUGUCUAUGGAAUGGUUGAAAACGGCGCUUCACCAGAUAUGCGAACAAGAAAUCAUCUCCGAUCUCGAAGUGUUACCAUAUGUGAAAAUCUGUCCUUUGCGACGAGUCAUCUUUUCGGUGCCAACUGUGCCUCGACUUGGGAAAAACGCUAAAUACUUUAUAUUACGUACCAUUGCUCGCCAGAACCCAAACUUGUCCAUUAAUUACUGGCGUAUCUUACGAGUGCUUCCAUCGCAUGGUGGUAGGCAUACAAUAAUAAUGGAAAUUGACGAGGGUUCUGUUGCAGCGAUUGAGUCACAGCGAUGUAAAAUAUUUUACGCUUUCUCCCAAGUAUUCCUAUCAGUGGCGGCAAAAAAUAUCGAAACAGAAUAAACGAUCACUAUGAAAUGACAAAUGUGAAGCAAUCGACAAUGAUUUGUACUGUCGGUUUGAAUACGAAUUACUGAACUAUUUGAAUUUAAAUAAAU